AUGGCCUCCCGUUGGACUGUCGGGAUCCGCCACCAGCGCCUCGUCCUCGGACUCGAUCUUCACAAGCUCAGUGUGAGCGCGUUCGGAGUGGCUGAGGGGGAUGAAGGGGGUAUGGGUGCCGCGCAUCGCGGCCUGGACGGCGGCUUUGCGUUCCUCGAAGUCGUCGAAGCCGAGGAUCGGGUGCUCGUCCCGUGCGCGCCCGUGUUCGGCCGCCGACUGCAGAUGGCUCAGCAGCUCCUCCAGCUCCGAGUUCUCCCCUCCGCCGCCGGUCCAUCCCCGCGAGUAGUCGCUGCUCAUCUCCCUCGACUCGUUCCGCGUCCAACGGCUCGCACCCGUUCCUUGCCGGUACCGAGCACAGUUUCCGUGUAUCUUCUCGCGAGUCCAAUGGCCUUCGCGUGCUGGGGCGAGAUGCGGUGUGGGAGCAUCUCGAAAGUACAACGCAGCCGGCCAGUGUUAAAGGACACGCCGAGGGGCACGCCUCGGGGAUCCGAGCAUGAGCUCUGGGCUGCCCUCAUCCCCCGCCCCGACCCCCGGGAUACACUCGGCCCGGAAGCCCUCCAGCCAUCAGCAACAUCGAUUCGCCACCCAGCCCGGCAUUGCACAUAUCUUCUCGCUCGAAUCGCACAAGCAGCACGUCGAAUGUCGCGUCAAUCGCCCCCAGCCACCCGUCGGAGGAACAAACAAGCCCUGCCUCUGGGCGAGCAGAUCAACUUGGCCAUGAAAAACGUCAACAUCUCACUCUCCAAGCUUUCCACGAUCCGGCAGACCGGCUGGAAGGCCCCAUCCAUCCUCGCUGACCCGGGAAGCACGACCUCGAAAAAACCUGCAAGGGAGCCAAGCAGCAUUGCGCCCGAUUGCACGCUGGAAGAAGCUCUCGACGCAAUCCUCCAAGGCCACACGGCCACUCAGAACUUACGAAGCUUGAUCUCAAACAGUGCUUUUAGCAAGAAAUCUUACGACGUCGAGCGGGCGGGACUGGCUCUAGUAAACCACGCCAUUGAGCUUAAAUUGUACAACUCAGCCCUUCGCCUGCUCGCAGUUGCACACGCCUCUCUGCAGGCCCUGAUAUCCCGCUUAACCCCAGCUCUUCCCCCCACGGCCACGCCCAAACCUAUCGAUCCGUCGCCCAUCGCCUCUACAUCCUGGCAAUCCUAUUCGAAAGUCAUGUCUUUUCUCACCCCCAACAACCACGACGAAGAAUCUACACCGCAUCUGAUUAGCGCGGCCGUGCUGGUCCUCACGGCUGUAGCUCAAGGCUUUCAAGCUUUCCUGAACGGGAACAUUGGUACAGUCGCAUCGGUCUCACGUGGUUCAGCUAGACAAGCCCCGCCCACAGCUCCUGCCGAAAGUACCCAAACCGCUCAAAUCCGUGCUGAUUGCUGCCUCUGUGCCCUGGAGUCUUGCAAUGCUCUGUUCAAAUGGAUCGUAUCACUACUUGGCGACCACCUUAGCUCUCCUCCAGAUGAACUCGUUAUCAAGAAGAUAUUAGGCGCUGUACAAGCUUGUUAUUCAGCGACAGUCAAGGCUUGCUCAUCGUGGGAAGAUUUAUUGGAACCUCGGCUAUUAUUCAAAUUGCGGAAAUCUGCCGUCUUACUAUUGCUGGCCUGCCAGAUCCGCUUGAAAGAACUCGCGCCUGCCGGCACCUCCAUGGAACAAGCUCGCAGAACUCUGUUGCUGUACGCCCGAUCAAGUCCACACCAACUCUCAGACGUGGUUUCCGAGGCAAGGACUUUUUUCACGCAAAUCGUUCAGAUUGUUCAAAGUAAAGAAACACCCGAUGCGAAUUGUGCCACUCGAAACGCAGGCUGGAGAAGUCUAUGCGAGGCGGUGAUCGGUUUAGCUCGUAAGAUUGGUGAUGUUGAACUAGUCAAUCAAGCCAGUACAUUUUUGUACUCGACAUCUGAGACUACCUAUGACCAAUCCAGGGUCACCCCUGAUGGGCAACCGUCAAAGGAAGGCAGCGCGUCCGAUAAACAUGUUGGCUUACUACUACUCAAGAUUACUGCCACCAGCACCGCACUUGAUCUAUAUUUGAAGACUGCAGAAGACAAGGAAACCGCGAACCAACUGGAAAAAUCAACGCUCACACUCGCCGCCUUGGGCCACCAACGCGCUACGAUGUCAACAGAGCAGCAUCAAAAAAUGAACAUUUUCAUUGACAAAUUACGGCGAGCAUGCGCGCGGGCGCUCAGAAAAGCUACGGCUAAUGACGGAUCACCUCCUACAAGCGACGUUUACACAGCGUGCGCUAGAGUUUCCCAAGCCAUCAUCGAUUUAUGGCUCAAAGAUAUUGAACGGCCAGCCGACAAGCCCGUUUUGGAUCCUGCGAUUCUCUCGAUGAUGAUAACCGGCACGGCGGAAACUUUGAUUGCCUUGGCUGAAAGCUCGUUUCAACUAAACUCGCCCGAUUCGCAUCACAAAGCUUUGAAACACUUGAGCCAAUGUGCACCGUUGCUGCAGUUGUUGCCUGAGCCUGAUGUAUCGGUGAUCAGAUGUCUUACCUCGACAUAUUAUAACACCGGUGUAGCAUUGUAUCAGGCCGACAAGCUAGCAAUGGCAAUCAAUUUUGUCAGACCGUCGUGCGAGCUUCCUAGCAGAUUCUUCAAAAUCCUUCAAACCGACGCGGUUCCACCAACAUGGAGCCAUUAUGAUGAUGCGAAUGGAGAGCUUGAAGUUCUGAAAAGACAGUUGCUCAAGCGCUGGGAACUUCUCGCUAUAUGCUACCUCCAGAUAGAUAAAUCACAAUCCUACCAAGCCUACGUCUCGGCCGUUGCAUCUCAUUCCGAAGUAGACUUCAGGACUCUUGGAAAGAUAGCUGAUGAUGGUUCCGGCCCCCAGUGCGCAGUUGAUGCACUGCCAGGUCUGUGUAAACUAGUGCAGCGAGUAACGUGGUUGGCCGCUUGCGACAUGCUUCUACCAAUGUCCAAAUGUAGUCUUCUCGAAAGCUUGGCACCGAAUCAACUAUCAAGUUCAGAAAUCGGGGCGAUUUUAGAGCUCCAGCUACAGUAUCUCUACCAAAACACUCGCAAGAGCGAAUGUCGUUUGGCUCUCAAAGCAAUCUUGGAUGACUGUUCCCAGAUUUAUCAACCCGCGGCCCAUCCUUUUCGGAGGGCCAGAACGCUGAUCCGGCUGAUGGAAUGGCACGUCAGCAUGAGCACAGAAUCCAAGUCCGGUUCCACUUUCCAAAUCUUGAAGCAACUAUUGGCCGAAGUCUCAGACCUACUCGAUACGUCCAACUCGGGCCUCGAUGAUUGCUUCAAGCCUUACGCUCAACAAUUUCACGCUCUGGCUUACAUGUGGCUGGCAGUAUGUUCCCAGUCGAGAAAUUUACAGAAAGAAUUCUUGGAUGCUACCGAGUCUGCCAUAAGCGCGUUGGAGAAGGUCCCAUUGCCUCCGACACCCGUUAAGCUCGGGCCCACCUUAAAGAAAGAGCCCGCCCCCAAAUCAAAACCUCGAGCAACCAUCAAAGCCACGGCUCAACCCCGGACGCGUGCUGCAGUGGCCAAGCCGAAUCAGGGCACCAACCUUCUAGCUACGCCGCCAAGCAAACGGAUUGAUCGGACUGAUUCGAUGAGGACUCCUGAACAACAGGGCGCCUCAAAGUCAACAAGAACACUGUUCCAAUCAAACAAGAACAACGUCAUUUCCACAAAUGGUGCUAUGGACGCUCUUCAUCUUGACGAUCGCGAACGUCUCGUUCAACAUCUCAUGCUCUUCACACACAUUCUUGGCGCACACGGCCUGGUUUCUCAAAAGCUGCGACUGCUGCGGUUCUUGCAGGACUUAAGUUCAGCGCGGACUUCAGUGUCAGAUAGCAAGCACUCUGAAGGUCGAAUCGCGACUAUGAUCGAACUAGCUUCAACCUAUCUGCACUGUGAAGAGUAUUCCAGUGCUAGCACGCUACUGACCGAUGCCGAGCGCUUCAUACAGUCCUUGCCGACUCACACAUUCCCGGGAGCUCUAGCUAGCGAGAGCCUCAUCUCAUUGCUUUACUCCAGGUGCUUUUCCGAAGCGGAUGACCUCGAAAGUGCAGACUCGGUGUUCAUCUCUGCGGGCGAAAAAUGGGCAUUGGCCGUCGAGGAGGAGGAGUACACCACCCGGAAUGCAGAUAUCUCUCCAGCGCAAAAAGUGAUCAAACGGACCAAAUUCUUGCGGACGAUCGCCCUCGCGUCGUUUACUUACUCUCAUAUCCAAGAAAAGCAGGGCGACUUGGCUCUCGCCAUCGAGUUCGCCACCCGCGCUGUUCGUUUGCUGCACCGGGCUUCAUCCAACAUUCUUCGGAUAUCGAAUCCCCCCCAAACAACCGUAUCCAAUGCGCCAACCAAGCCCAUCCACGAUGUGUUCAGCAGCAAUACAAAGGCUGAAGACUGUGCUCCUCUGCCCGAAAUAGCUAGUGAGGUGAACCCCCACUCCUUUACUGUUGACAGCCAUCCAGUCGGCGAGAUCACCUGGCAAGUUGCUGCCAUGAUCCCUGUAGCUUUGAGUAGGGUUAUCGGUCUAUACAUCAACAGAGGCUCGCCUAGGAUGGCUGAAGCAUAUCUGAACCAGUUUUCUACCGUUGCUGGCCAGAUCGGAUCUCACCGGCUGAAAAUCAGCGCCACCGUGAUCAGAGCCAACAUCUUGACACUCAAACGACAGUUCGAUGCGGCCCACAAUGCCCUUCAAGAUGCUUCUUCGAUGAUGGAAGAUCGGCGCACCUUUGAGCUCGCCGAAAUUUACAUGCUCAAGUGCCAGAUCUCUUAUCAGCUAAAAUCCUUUAACGAAGCCAAGGCCAAUUGCACUGAGUUGGCACGUGUGCUACAGGACCUGGAUGGUAACCAUUGCGGUUCAGCUCAUAGACCGACAAGUCCGCUCAACUCGUCGAGGAUGUCUACUCAAUCGUCAAGAGGCUUGCUUCUUGCCCCGACCGCGCCCGCUCAAUCUUUGUUAAUAGCAGCCCAGACAAAUCGCAUUCAAGUGCUCGUCGCGCGCGCAAUGCGCCGACCUGAGCAGGUUUCCCAGCCUCUUCGACUGCUUUCCAAGAUGCCGUACAAGAUCCGCGAAAAGGUUUUCGAAACAACCUUGUUAGCAAUGCUUGGGUUGGAUGACGUUCUUCAAAACUUCAGGGUGGAUCCAUUACUAGCAGUUUUAUCCGAAGCCAUGAUUGUGAUCCCUUCGCUGGAACGUCAUCCGGAUCAGUCGAAGAAUUUCCAGGAUCAGUUUCCUCAGCUUUCGCGAUCCUUGAAAACAAUGGAAGAAGUCUUGACUAAGCGGACGUUAGGAUGCGCCGACAUUCCCAAUUUAUACGAGACCGUUCACGUCUUGAUUACCCUCAAGUUCAUCAAUAGCAUUCUGCAACGAGAACGCAAAAACGUAGCUGGCGAAGUCGCAGCUCUCCUGGAUUUUGUUUGCAGUCUGACUAUACGACGGGAGAUGAUCGAAUGCGUUCGAGCUAAAUCCCGUGUCGUCGGACCUGGUGAUGAUACCAGUUGGCCAUCGGAAGUAAAGGCCAAGCAAUCGUUAUCAUCCGGAGAUGAACUACCGAUUGCCUCGAUCUCGGGAGCCGGUUCAAGACGAUGGGAACACGUGGCCUGCCAUCACAGGAAUGACAUCAUAUCGCCUGCUAAAUAUCGGCCCCUACCAGCUCUCCCUGCUGGAUGGCAUGUUGUGUCAAUACAUUUAGCCUUCGAUCAAGACAGUCUAUUCCUUAUCCAGCAUAACCAGACAUGUGAUCCUUUGGGCGUCAAACUACCUCUGGAUCGGUUCAAUCGGAGAGAAGGGGGAGACGAGCUGUUCACUUUGAAGGUGGCGCUAGAAGAACUGCAAGCCAUCGUUAGCAAGAGCAAUGCCGCGACCCAACGCGCCCGACACGUCACUGGUCGUCAGGACAAGAUCUCGUGGUGGCAAGAACGCAAGGAUUUAGACAUCAGGAUGCGGAACCUUAUCGAAAGAAUUGAGAACGAUUGGCUCGGAGCUUGUAAAGGACUAUUGCGUCCGAGUAAUAAGGUGAAUGAUAUGGCUACCCUGCAAGCAGCUUUGGAGAACAUCUUCCGACAUCAUCUGAUUUGUUCCCAAGACAAAACGGUCUACAACCGCCCGCUGGAUGAACACAUCGUCAAUUGCUUCAUAUCUUUGCCCAUCAACUGUCGGGAUGAAGACUUGGAGGAUCUUAUUCAAUUCGUGGUUGAUUCCUAUCAAAUUCACGAAGCUCCUGUCGUUGGAGACGAAGUGGAUGUAGACCAAGUUGUUUGUGAACUGCGAAACCUUCAAAAGGAGUUUUUGGUCGGUUAUUCUGAAGAAGAAUGUUCACCACAACAUCUGUUCCUGAUAUUGGACAAAAACCUGCACGGCUUUCCGUGGGAAGUCCUGCCGAUUCUGACGGGCCAUUCAGUCAGCAGGAUUCCCUCGUUAAGUUUCCUGCGCGAUCGCCUUGGCGAUGAACAGGCAAACGACUUGGCCCCCUUGUCGAUAGACCCAACUCGCACGUCGUACAUCUUGAACCCUAGCGGUGAUUUGACCAGCACUCAACUCAAGUUCGAAGGGUGGUUGGAAAGCCAACCGAGCUGGAACGGAAUCAAAGGCCGGUCACCGAGUAGCGAAGAGGUCAAGCAGGCUCUGCUUUCAUCCAAUUUGAUGCUUUAUUUCGGACAUGGCGGAGCAGAGCAAUAUAUUCGCUCUCAAACUAUCAAGCAACUCCCCCGUUGUGCAGUCGCGAUGUUGUGGGGUUGCUCGUCGGGAAUGCUGCAUGAUCAAGGUGAUUUUGAUCCUACCGGAACGCCGUACGCCUACAUGCUAGCCGGAUGCCCCGCAUUGCUAGCAAAUUUGUGGGACGUGACGGAUAAGGACAUCGACAAAUUGGCUCUCGAUCUGUUCAAGAAAACCGGCCUCGAAUCCGACGAUCAGGAUCGUGGAAGAUCUUCAUCCUCAUCAAUGACUCUGACUGGUGCGCUGGCCUCGGCAAGAUCGAGUUGUCAACUCAAGUAUCUCAACGGUGCUGCGCCUAUCGUUUACGGCAUCCCAGUCAAGUUCGAAGUCAGGCGAGGAACAGCCCAUCAAAAGCCGUCUAUGAGCCCCUAA